GAGUUUUCUGCGUCUUUCGUCAGUGUGGAAUCAGACAUGAAGAGCAGAGGUAAGCAGAGACACCAAGUGGUUCCAAAGAAGAGGACUGAAGUGAGCUGCAGCAGUGGUGAUGAUGAAGACUCUGAUGUGGAGAAAAACUUCGCCCUGCUCACCAACAGAGGGGAUGGAACCGGGGAGCUGGACCACCAAGGAGAGGAAGAGGAAGACCGCAGUGAUGAAGAGGAGGGAGAUGAAGAAGAAUCAGAUGGCAGGAAUGUAGACUCUGAGGGUAGUGAGGAAGAGGAAGGAUCAGACGGUCAGGUGGAAGGGAGUGAUGAUGGUGAUGAUGAUGAUGAUGAUGAUGAUGAUGAAACUGUCCAACAUGUCAUUUGAGGAAAUUAUGAAGCUGCAGAAUCAGGUGGGAACCAAAGUUUACAACGAGGUCGCUUAUGGCAGCAAAAAGAGUCAGCGUGGCAGCAAGAAGAAAAGAUUGAACAAAAACAGACCAGUGGAGAUGUCAGCCAAGAAGCCGACACCUUUGUUACGUCAAGUUGUUCCUGUGAAGAAAUCUGAGAACCAGGAACGAGAACGACUGAGCCGAGAGAAGCAGAGGGACAGAGAGCUGCAGUUCAAGAGACAGCAGAGAGAACGAGCCAACCAUGGAGAUGCUCCCUUCUUCCUCAAGAAAUCCGACAAGAAGAAGCUGCAGCUGGCUGAUAAAUAUCUGGAGCUGAAGAAGAGAGGCAAACUGGAGACGUUUCUGAGCAAGAAGAGGAAGAGGAAUGCUGGGAAGGACCGGAAGAAGCUCCCCCAGCAGCCACAGGACCAGAAGGCUUCAUGAGACGAGGUGUUCUCAGAACCUGCAGCAGGUUCUUCAGUCUGUCUGAUGGAGCUGCAGACUGUUUGUCACCAUCAGGUGGUUUUACUGUCGGAGCCUUCAGGGUCUUUCUAUCUGAACUCUGAUGGUGUUUUAAACUUGUUCUAACAGUUUGAUCCACUUCUCUGUGUUCUCAGCCUGAAAUCAAACCUGAAGAAGCUGUAGUUAGAUGUCAGCAGCAGUGGAGUGCAACAAGGUUCAGUGUUUGAGUCAUAAAGAAUGAGAACAAGUUGUUUUGAACUGACUGUGUCAGAAGGAUGGAUCAUUUCUCUCCUUAUCUUCCACCACUGAAUCAUUUAGUUUGUAAAGUGUUUGUUGCAGCAGCUCCUGUUUUUGUUUUUAUCAGUAACAUCACAACACUGUGUCGGGCUAAACUGAAAACUUAUUUCAGCUAGCUUACAACAUAGUUGUCAAAAAUAAGUUUUAUGGUAAAACCAAGUGUUUUCUGUAAAACCCCUACUUAAAGUUGAAUAAAUGUUUUAAUAACAUGAUGAUCUGAUGGUGUCAGGUGAGCUUUUAGCUGCCGUGUUGUGAGGACGUACCUAAAGAACUUGUGUUUGCUGGAUUCUUUGACACAACAGAUAAACUGAAUUUAUUUAAAAAUCCAACAAUGUCAAAGGUAUUUUCCUCUAAAGAGAUUCCCAAAAUAAAAAUUUCAACUCAAA